AUGAGUGCACUCACUCUAUUCACAGACGGGGACUGGGCGUUGUUCUUCGCUGCCCAGGGCGGCUUCCUCGACAUCGUCACCAUCUUGCUCGAUAAUGGCGCCAAAAUCAACCAGGCCUCGAAGGACGGCGGAACUGCGCUCAUCGUGGCAGCGCAGUGCGGUCACCUGGACGUUGUGACCGAGCUGCUGCGACGCAACGCCGACCCCAACAGCGCCAUGAAGGACCGAGCCACCGCGGUCUUCGUCGCAGCACAGAACGGCCACACCAGCGUCGCCAGGACUCUCCUCAACGCCGGGGCCAAGGCCAACGUGAGGCGGUUGGACGGCGCUAGCCCACUGUGGAUUGCGUCACAAAUGGGACAUCAAGGUGUUGUGCGUCUACUACUGAGUCAUGGUGUCAACCCAGAUAUCUGCAGACACGAUGGAGCAACACCUUUGUUCAAGGGCCACAAGGGACAUGUGGAGGUUGUCCAUGAGCUGCUUCCGUAUAAGCCUUGUCUGGGUCUCCUAAGGAAUGGAGAAUCUGCUCUGCAUGCAGCAGCAUUGUAUGGUCAUGUCCGAGUCUUAAAGGCACUGGUGCAAGCAGGUGCUGAUCCCGGCCUCAAGAAUGAUCAGGGUCUUACCCCAAUCCAGAUUGCUGCUCAGGCUCGACACCCAGAGGCCGUCCAGCUACUGAAAGAUGCCCAGUCUAAAAGGAAAGAAGGAGCGCAAACACCACCCAAACAGACAUCACCUGGGCCACGAUCCCCUCGCCUUGUGCAGAGCAUGAGUGGCAAUGUUUACUUCAGGGCUAGGGAGUCAGAGUAG